AUGGGUGACAGACGUCCUGAUUCAACAGACAGUUCGCGUGCAAAGCGGCAAAAGAAGGAUACCGCUGAAAUGGAUCCCCGCAACAACCCAUACCUUGCUCAUAUGUAUCCGGAGAAGAAUGGAGAUGGAAGCUCAAAAAAUGGUCCCUUUGCGAAGUUCAAAAGGCACCAGACCACCGCUGCUCUCGCACAAGAAGCCGAAGACGCAGAAAUCAAUCCCUUUACCGGUCGUCCCUUCUCCAGUACCUACUUUUCCAUCCUGAAGACUCGUCGAGACCUACCGGUCCAUGCGCAGAGAGACGAAUUCCUGCAACUUUAUCAGAAGUCACAAAUUCUUGUUUUCGUUGGUGAAACUGGUUCAGGAAAGACAACGCAAAUACCGCAGUUCGUUCUCUUCGAUGAGCUUCCGCAGUUACAAGGCAAGAUGGUCGCAUGUACUCAACCACGUCGAGUCGCUGCGAUGUCCGUAGCGCAACGUGUAGCCGCUGAAAUGGAUGUGAAAUUGGGCGAGGAGGUCGGUUAUAGUAUUCGUUUUGAAGAUAUGACAAGCUCGAAAACGAUCCUUAAGUACAUGACCGAUGGUAUGCUUCUUCGAGAAGCUAUGAAUGAUCACGACCUCCAGCGUUACAGUUGCUUGAUAAUUGACGAAGCGCAUGAUAGAAGUUUAUCCACAGACUUGUUAAUGGGAUUGCUGAAGGAGGUGGUACAGCGGAGGCCGGAUUUGAAAGUCAUCAUCAUGUCCGCUACCUUGGAUGCGCAGAAGUUCCAGCGCUAUUUCAACGAUGCCCCGCUUCUUGCAGUACCAGGAAGAACUCACCCUGUAGAGAUUUUCUACACGCCUGAGCCAGAGCAGGAUUAUGUCGAAGCCGCCAUUCGCACAGUCCUGCAAAUCCACGCUACUGAACCUGAGGGGGACAUAUUGGUAUUUUUGACGGGGGAGGAGGAAAUUGAAGAUGCGGCUCGGAAAAUCUCCCUUGAAGCAGAUGAGAUGACGAGAGAAGCAGAUGCGGGUCCAAUGAAGGUCUAUUCGCUGUAUGGCAGUCUACCACCGCAUGUGCAACAACGAAUUUUUGAACCGGCCCCUGGCCCGCGCAGACCCGGUGGUCGACCUGGCCGGAAGGUUAUUGUGUCAACCAACAUUGCUGAAACAUCGCUUACCAUUGACGGCAUCGUCUAUGUCGUGGACCCAGGAUUCUCCAAACAGAAGGUCUACAACCCCCGUAUUCGAGUCGAGUCUCUUCUGGUAUCACCCAUCUCCAAAGCGUCCGCCCAGCAAAGAGCCGGUCGUGCCGGUCGUACACGUCCCGGAAAAUGCUUCCGCCUGUAUACGGAGGCCGCAUUCAAGAAAGAGCUCAUUGACCAGACUUAUCCAGAAAUUCUCCGAUCCAACCUUUCUUCCACUGUUCUCGAGCUCAAAAAACUCGGUAUCGAUGACCUGGUGCAUUUUGACCUGAUGGAUCCUCCUGCACCGGAAACAUUGAUGAGGGCUUUGGAAGAACUCAACUAUUUAGCAUGUCUUGAUGACGACGGUAAUCUGACACAAUUGGGUCGGUUGGCGUCGGACUUCCCUCUUGACCCAGCGCUGGCCGUGAUGUUGAUCACCUCCCCGGAGUUCUACUGCUCUAAUGAAAUCUUGUCUAUAACAGCUCUGCUCUCGGUGCCUCAAGUGUUUGUACGCCCACACUCACAGAGAAAACGCGCCGAUGAGAUGAAGAACCUAUUCGCCCACCCCGACGGCGACCAUCUCACACUCCUGAACGUGUACCACGCCUAUAAAGGUGCAGAUGCUCAACAAGACCCGAAACAAUGGUGUCACGAUCAUUUCCUUUCUCUACGCUCCCUACAAUCCGCAGAUAAUGUGCGCCUUCAGCUUCAACGGAUCAUGGAGCGGGAAGAAAUCGAUCUCGUAUCCACGCCAUUCGAGGAUAAGAAGUAUUAUGAGAAUAUUCGCCGUGCUCUCGUAGCUGGAUUCUUCAUGCAAGUCGCUAAGAAGGACAGUACGGGGAAAAGCAUGUACACCACAGUAAAGGAUAACCAACAUGUCCUCAUUCAUCCAAGCACGGUCCUCGGUCAUGAUGCUGAAUGGGUGCUUUAUAAUGAGUUUGUUCUCACGACGAAGAAUUACAUUCGGACAGUUACGGCUGUGAAGGCUGAAUGGCUCUUGGAAAUUGCACCUACAUACUACGACAUCUCAGGUUUCCCCAAGGGAGAUAUUCGCUCUGCUCUGUUACGUGCCAGUGAGAGACUUGCGCGUAAGGAGAAAAUGCGAGGCGGUCGGUAG